AAAGAAAACCCUUGACUUCUCUUUCUCUCUCUCCCAUUUGCCUUCAAAGUUGGGUUGGUUUGACCCAUGAACUGCAACACAUUUAUUAAAGAGGACCAUCGUCACAAGCGAUGUGUCCUCUUAGGACAGUUACACAAUUUAUAUAUUAAAUUUCAUAAAUUCAUCGAACUCAGUUUAACAUUAAAAUAAAAAAGACAUUAAUUUUCUCAAAUCCCCAAGAAAGAAAACACAAAAUUUUGGUGAAGCGAAGGCUUGUGGGUUCCCAACAAAGUUUCUGUCGUCAAAAUACAAGCUUUUCACUUCUGCUUUCUGGAUCGGCUUCAAAGAAUUGAGGGUAGGUUCAAUAGGGGUUGUGUUGAUCUGUGCCAAGAUGCUUAAUUUGCGUUGAAAAUCCAUUUCAUCUACCAGACUCAGCUUCGGAGAUGAACCAAUUAGUUGAAAGCUCUGCGAAUACCCAAAGGAUCUCUAGAGUUCAAGCUCCACUGGUUGACUCUGUUUCUUGCUACUGUAAAGUAGAUUCAGGCCUGAAAACAGUUGCUGGGGCAAGGAAAUUUGUUCCAGGAUCAAAGUUAUGCAUCCAACCUGACAUAAACCCCAAUGCACAUAGGAGCAAAAACUCGCGUAGAGAGAAGACAAGAGUUCAGCCUCCUCUCCUACCUGGUCUUCCUGAUGAUCUUGCCAUUGCUUGUUUGAUUCGUGUGCCUCGGGUUGAGCACAGUAAACUGCGAUUGGUUUGCAAGAGAUGGUAUCGUCUUCUGUCUGGAAAUUUCUUUUAUUCACUCAGGAAAAGUCUUGGAAUGGCAGAAGAAUGGGUUUAUGUCAUCAAAAGAGAUCGUGAUGGAAGAAUUUCAUUGCAUGCUUUUGAUCCCAUCUACCAACUAUGGCAGUCCCUUCCACCUGUUCCUGGGGAAUAUUCUGAGGCAUUAGGAUUUGGCUGUGCAGUUCUUAGUGGUUGCCACCUGUACUUAUUUGGAGGAAGGGAUCCACUGAAGGGAUCUAUGAGACGUGUUAUCUUCUACAGUGCCCGUACAAACAAAUGGCACAGAGCACCAGAUAUGCUACGGAAACGUCAUCUAUUUGGUUCUUGUGUAAUAAAUAAUUGUCUCUAUGUUGCUGGUGGGGAAUGUGAAGGAAUUCAAAGAACUCUUCGAUCUGCUGAAGUUUAUGACCCCAACCGGAACAGGUGGAACUUUAUCUCGGAGAUGACCACAGCCAUGGUGCCCUUUAUUGGUGUUGUUCAUAAUGGAACAUGGUUUUUGAAGGGACUUGGGUCAAAUCGCAAUGUCAUAUGUGAAGCCUAUUCGCAGGAAACUGAUACCUGGACCCCAGUAAGUAAUGGAAUGGUCAAUGGUUGGCGUAACCCUAGUAUCUCGCUGAAUGGACAACUCUAUGCACUUGAUUGCCAGGAUGGGUGCAAGCUCAAAGUAUAUGAUAGAGCUACUGAUUCAUGGAAGAAGUUUAUUGAUAGCAAGCUUCACUUAGGUAGUUCUCGUGCUCUUGAUGCUGCUGCUCUGGUUCCCCUUAAUGGAAAGCUAUGCAUUAUCCGCAACAACAUGAGCAUCAGUCUAGUUGAUGUUUCAAGUCCAAACAGACGCGUGGAAAGCAAUCCUCACCUUUGGGAGAACAUUGCUGGAAAAGGUCAUGUCAGGUCUUUAGUUAGAAAUCUAUGGUCAACUAUAGCAGGGCGCGGUGGAUUGAAGAGUCACAUUGUUCACUGCCAGGUUCUUCAAGCUUAAGAUCAGAAAUUCCUCUGACUUGAUAAUCUUGGCCAUACAGUUAGGGAAAUUGAUGGUUUUUUGGGAAAAUCAAAUUGGAACAUGUUUAUCUACUUUCCUGUGUGGGAAAGAGAUUGUGGUUUUAUUGUAAAGAUGAGGUUAAUUGUUGAUUUUGGCAAUAGAAUGAGGUCAUUCCUUUACAAUUAUCAGUAGGGAGCAGAUAUUAUUGUAAAUGUUUCACUUUAAGGCUGUGCCUUUUCCUUUCGAUACAAUAUGUUAGGUUUGUAAGGCAUGCAUUUCGGCUGUAUAUGAUUUAUUAGAAAUCAACAUAAAACAUUUGUAUCUCUUGUCAACUUUAUUUAUUUCAGUAAGCUGGGAGAAUAGCGUAUUAUAUCCCAU